GGGUCUGACGGGAGGGGGCAAGCGCCCGGGCCGGACGCUCCGUCCUCCUGGGAAGGGUCCGAGAGGGAGCGCCGCCCCCUCCCCGAGCUGAUGUGGUAGGGGGCUGUGGCUGGGGGGGGUCCUGCCCUUCAGUCCCCCGUACAUAACCCCUCUGCCUGCCCCCUGCCUUGCCCACCGCUCGGUCCGCUGCAUCUCUAUCCCCGGCCUUGGCACAGUGCCUGGCACACAGUAAGAGCCUAAUCAGUGCUUGUCGGCGGGUGGGCCUAGCUUGUUGUCAGGGCGGGGGUCGUAAGUGUUGUAAGUUCCCCCGUCCGCCCCCUCCCCGAAUUUGUCUGCCUCCUCUCCACCCGGGCCUCUCCUUUGACCUCCUUUUGGGGGAAGUGCAGUGCAGCGAGCCAUCCAGUGCGUACUGUGUGCAGAGCACGCCUUUGUCGGCUUUCUAGGGUGUUUGGGUUUGCCUUUUACUCCUCUAAGUGAGCUGCCAGCUGCAGCAUUUCCAGCUAGGAACACCUAGAAGACUGUUCCAGUCACUGUGUGUAGAUCACAGAUGAGCUCAUUUAUGCCUGUGUUAAAGAUGGAUGGAGAUAGUUCGACCACAGAUGCAUCGCAGUUAGGAAUUUCAGACUACAUUGGUAGCAGCCACUAUGUGAUACAGCCUCAUGAUGACACAGAAGACAGCAUGAAUGAUCAUGAAGACACAAAUGGUUCCAAAGAGAGCUUUCGAGAACAGGACAUCUAUCUUCCCAUCGCCAACGUCGCGAGGAUAAUGAAGAACGCCAUACCUCAGACGGGGAAGAUUGCUAAGGAUGCUAAGGAGUGCGUACAAGAGUGUGUGAGUGAAUUCAUCAGCUUUAUCACAUCAGAAGCCAGUGAAAGGUGUCACCAGGAAAAGCGGAAGACCAUCAAUGGAGAGGACAUUCUAUUUGCAAUGUCGACUUUGGGUUUUGACAGUUACGUGGAACCUUUGAAGCUUUACCUUCAGAAAUUCAGAGAGGCAAUGAAAGGAGAGAAGGGGAUCGGCGGAGCAGUCACGACCACAGACGGGCUGAGUGAGGAGCUCACGGAAGAAGCUUUUACUAAUCAAUUACCAGCCGGUUUAAUAACCACAGAUGGCCAGCAACAGAAUGUUAUGGUGUAUACAACAUCAUAUCAACAGAUUUCUGGUGUUCAACAAAUUCAAUUCUCAUGAUUUCAAGAAAAGUUGGAACUGAAAAUAUAAAAAGAUGGGAGAGAAGUGGACAGUUCUAAAGCAGAGACAUUACAUGCAACACCUUGGGGAAGAGAAAUGUCUCUCUGUAUAUUAAAUAGCUCUAAUGUAGCUUCCCUGAUGCUUGACUAAUUGAGGUGUGAAUUCCGACUGGAGAAUCUUUUUUCAUGAAUGAUUUCAAUGAAAAAAAAUUUGGAUUUUAAAGGUAUUAAAAUAUUUUUGUUUUGUACAAGAGUUUGUUGCUCUGUAUGACUCCUGUAUGCAUUGUAUAUUGCGAUUUAUUACUGUCGGAGAUUUGUAGACAGUUUCUUAUUUUCAUAUUGAAUCAUGUUACUUUUGUAUAAUUCAAGUAAACAGCUGGGUUAAUUCAUGAUGUUUGCCCUUUUAAUAAAGUAUGAGGGUAGAGUUCA